GCAGGGUUUUCUGAAAUUAAACUGAACACGCGAGGCGAGCUGACAAGAAGGUCAGGGCACGGCUACUCCCAUCAAACCCAAAUUCAGUAAAUCAAGCUAAGCUAGUGAGACAGGCAAGGGGGAAGGAGUCGAGUUGAAGUAGGUGCCGUACCUAGAACCGGGGAAGGGUCGCCGGUGUGUCGUUGGAGAUUGCCGGCCGCCGCGAACAGGGUUGGGAUGAGAGAAGCGGGCGGGGCGAGGACGAUGUGGAUGGAGAUGGCGUCGUGGCCGCCGCCGGCGCUGCGUGGUGGGUGAGGACUCAGGAGGAGGGGGAGGGGGAGCGAGGAGGUGCUGGCUCAGAUGGGCCAUAUCUGCCGGGCCCAACUAUAGAGCAGCUUAGUUGGGCCUGGCCCAGGAUUCUGGACGGCUCGUCCUUCUCCCUCCCCAAUUCCAGCCAGACACAUCGAAGCCAACCACCGAGCGAAGUCGGAUCCGUUGGCCACCGCCGUGCUCUCCGCCGCCGCCGCCGCCUCCUCCUUCCCCGUUCGAUAUUUCGAUUCGCGGAUGGCCUCCAACGCCCAGGUUCAGCAACCCAAGCCUACCAAGGUCUCGCUGUCCUACGAGGAGAUCUCCAAGCUAUUCUCCCUCCCCAUCGCCGAGGCGGCCUCCAUCCUCGGAGUCUGCACCAGUGUCCUGAAGAGGAUAUGCCGCUCCCACGGGAUUGUUAGGUGGCCAUAUCGAAAGCUUGUUUCUGGGAAAGCUGGUGACGACACAAAAGGUCCUGAAAGAGAGAAAGCCAAGGAACUUCUUGAGUUGUCAAAAAUUGCAAAACAAAAGGCUUUGAGCCCAUCUGGUUCAUCAAUAGUGUCAUCGAGCACUUCCCAAGGAGCUGCAAAAUCUCAACAGGGCAGUUCGAAGGCAGGACAAGUUUCGGUUUCGCCCCCAGCAGGUAAACAAAAUGCAUCACCAAGUUUGGCCCAUGGUAGCCAAACCAAAGCGAUCCCUGGCUACAUGGAUGAUUUCAAGUACGGAUUCCCAUCAUCUGGCUUGCCCUGUGAAACUAUGAAAUGGUGGGGUGGGAGCAGCGACACAGACUGCGAGCUCACCAAAGAUGGAAACCGUGAAGCCCAUGGUGAGGCAUCAAAGGGCAUGACUGAUGACGACGAGUUGGACUGGGGAGCAGAUGAGGGGGAAGCCGAAGCUGAUGGCGCUGUUACAGCAGAAGCCUCGGGGCAGUUGUGCUCCCUGACAAGGAAAGCAGUAGAUGAUGGGCGCAAGCUACUGAAUGGCGGCACCCGCAGGGGCCGAGAAUUUUCUAGGCUGAACAAGAGGCAGAAGGUGGCGCUGGCCCAGGUAUUUGGGGCUUCACUGCCAGAUGCUGUAUUACUUGUGUUUAAUGAGUGAGCAACUGGACCCAUUAUUAGCGAGAAGCGUGAAAUCCUCUCAUUGAAUUGAGGAAGAAUGAUCUAUCUUGUAUUGCCUGCCUUACCUGUACAAGUCUGCUGCUUUUCUGUGUGUAUCUCCCGCAUGCACAGCACACGAGGAGAGCGCCUAAUAUAUGUACAUAACAUGAUUCCAUUGCGUUGCGUUCCUUGAUUUCAAGUCAAAA